AUGGCUGUGUGUACUCAAUGCUGUGGUUUUGGUUUUGCGUCAACAGGUCUCAGUGCUGGCUGGCAGACUCGACCUCGUCAACAACUGCUCUCUGCAUGGGAGGCCCGAGACUUUGACCAGGUUGAGUGGAUGGGCGGCCAAUUGGUCCGACGUAGCCAUGCGGCCAUGCGCGGAAGAGAUGGUCCUGGGCGCGGCUGGGCUAAAAGGCAGGGCCCAAGGCGAACUGAGGUCAACUGUCCACUGGACGCUGGGGCUGCCGUCGGGGCCUGCAUUGGGCUGGCAGCAUUUGGGGGGGGCCAUCAAUGGCACUGGCGCGAGAGUUGUGGGAUUCCCGCUGCUCCAGACACUAUCGUUCAUAUCAUGACCGCAGCUGGGCCGUUUGGGCUGACAGGCUCACGAGCCGUCUUGGAUGUUGCCGCCGGCGAGCUUUGGACUGCAGUGACAGCACAUGUUCCCAAGUACAGUGGGUUCGCUGUACUGGCCCAUAGCACCAGGCACACCUUCCACCUGCAACAUGGAGAUGCCGACAGCUCCCUGCUGCACAACUCGCGACUCACAGCAUGCAUCCAAAGCCACUCUGGUGCGCGGCUGCGAUGUCCUACUGCAUCCGACUCCGGGCUCUAA